GACUCGUUGACAUUGAACCGCCUGGAAAGCGAUAAACAGCACAUUAUUUCUUAAACCCACAUCUUGUCGGAGAGGUUCAUCUGGAGUUCAUGAAAAUGGCUGCGAAUAUUAAAAGGUUUUACGGCCUCACCGCUAAACUACUGUCCGGAGAAACGUUCAGUUUCUCUGCACUUAAAGGGAAAGUUGUUCUCAUUGAAAAUGUGGCGUCUCUCUGAGGAACAACAACCAGGGACUACACUCAGAUGAACGAGCUUCACAGUCGUUACUCCGCCAAGGGGCUCGUUAUCCUGGGUGCGCCCUGCAACCAGUUUGGACACCAGGAGAACUGCAAGAAUGAUGAAAUCAUGAAGUCUCUGAAAUAUGUCCGUCCAGGAAAUGGCUUUGAACCAAAGUUCAAGAUCCUCGAGAAAGUUGAUAUAAACGGAAAGGAUGCCCACCCCUUGUUCGUCUAUCUGAAGGACAAGCUUCCAUUCCCCUCUGAUGAUGCCAUGGCUCUUAUGACUGAUCCAAAGCACAUCAUUUGGAGUCCUGUCUGUAGGAAUGACGUCUCCUGGAACUUUGAAAAGUUCCUGAUCGGCCCUGACGGGGAACCAUACAAGCGCUACAGCAGAAACUUCCUAACGAUGGACAUUGAGGCCGAUAUUAAAGAGCUACUUGAGAGGGUCAAGUAAGGUCUUGGCUGAAAAGAAAGUCAGUUAUUUUAUGCCUAGCCAAAAAAGAUAAUUAGUAUACAUGUUUUUAUGUGUAGGCUAUUUUAUCAUGUCUCCACCUUCACAGUAAAUUCAUGCAAUCGUCCAAAGUCUGUGAUAUCUCCAGAGUGGUACACUUUGGUUGUUCAGCCUAUUUACUUAAUGAAGACACUCAUUGAAGCCGUUGUCUGGGAGAUGAGUUUCUGAUGAAAAUGUAAAUGCCUGACUCGUCCACAGUGUACAACUUGUGUCACAAAUACACAAAUAUAUUCGGAAGAUUUAAUGAUGAAAAAUAAAGGAUUAAAUGUCA